UUGUCCUGCAGCAGUAUCACCUGCAGUGCCAAUGAGGUUUGUGAGAUCAAGGGAAAAUAUGCCUCCUGUGUCCCCAAGCCAGUAGAGAAAAAGCCUGGUACCUGCUGGGCCAUGGGGGAUCCUCACUACCGGACCUUUGACGGCAAACGCUUCGACUUCAUGGGCACCUGCACGUAUGUCAUCGCUAAAAACUGUGGAAAGGAUGAUCUCCCAGCCUUUGAGAUCCUCGCCCAGAAUGAGAACAGGGGAAGCCUCAGGGUGUCGUAUGUCGGCCUGGUCAUCGUGAAGGUGUAUGACAUCACCAUCAUAGUAGCUCGGUCUGAGACUGGUCGUGUGAGGAUUGACAACACUCUGUGGAGUUUGCCCGCAUCCUUGAACGAUGGCAAGCUUGUGAUGUUUCACAGAGGCCGCUCGGUGGUCAUGGAGACGGAUUUUGGCCUGACUUUGAGCUAUGACUGGGAACACAAGCUUGUGGUCACACUCCCUGGGAGCUAUGCUGGUAAGACUUGUGGCCUCUGUGGCAACUUCAAUGGCAAGUCCAGCGAUGAUUUCACGACGCCCUCUGGCAGCCAGGCGGACGGAGCAGUGGCCUUCGGCCGCAGUUGGAAGGUGCCGGGGCUGGUGAAAGAUGCCGCGUGCACAGAUGACUGUGUGGGUGGGUGUGAGCGCUGUGAGAACAGCCAGAUGAAGGUGUGGCAGGGCGACCUGUUUUGUGGGCUCAUCACACUCAUAGUAAAUGGCCCCUUCAGCAAAUGCCAUGCCGCCAUUGACCCACAAGACUACCUGGAGAACUGCAAAUACGAUGUUUGCAUGGGAGGCGGCCUUCGACAUUUCCUCUGCAGGGCACUGGAGGCUUACACUGAAGCCUGUCAGCUUGCUGGCAUCCAGGUUCAAGAUUGGAGGAAGAUGGCAAAAUGCCCUGCUAAAUGUCCAGCCAACAGCCACUAUGAGUUCUGUGGCAAUGCCUGUCCUGCCACUUGUUCCGAUCCUAACUCUGCCUCCAAAUGCAAACGCCCCUGUGUGGAGACCUGCACCUGUAAUGAAGGGUUUGUGAUGAGCGGAGGUCAGUGUGUACCUGUUGGUCAGUGCGGUUGUAGCCACAAGGGUCUGUACAUUCCUGCCGGAGAGUCGUUCUGGGACGACCAGACCUGUCAGCGAUGGUGUAUUUGCGUGGCUGGAAGCAGACAAGUCCAGUGUCAGAAUAAAGGCUGCAGGGUCGGGACAAAGUGCAAGGUGGUCGAGGGCAUAAGAAAGUGCCAAGCAGUGUCCCAAAGUGUAUGCCAGGCCACAGGGGACCCACAUUACAGGACCUUUGACAAGAAGAGGUUCAACUUCCAGGGCACGUGUGUUUACCAAAUGGUUGCACUGUGCUCCAACCACCCAGAUUUAGUGCCGUUUGAAGUGCUGGUGCAGAAUGAUUACCGGGGCAACAAAGUGGUUUCCUACACCAAGUUAGUGGAAGUCAAGGUGUAUUCCCUAAGCAUUGUUAUCACAAAGACACACAAGGGCCUGAUAAUGGUGAAUAAUGAGCUGGUGAACCUGCCUGUAACCCUGGCUGGAGGACAGGUGUCUGUGUUUAGGAGCGGCUGUUACGCUGUCGUCACCACAAACUUCGGCCUCAAAGUCUCCUUUAACUGGGCAAGUUCCUUGUACGUGACACUGACAAGCGACUACAUGGGAGCCGUCUGUGGCCUCUGUGGCAACUACAACGGCAAAUACCAGGAUGACCUGUUUCCAAAGAACGGGAACAAAAAUGUCGCCCCGGUACCAUUCGGCACCAGCUGGCGAGUGGCUGAAAUCCCGGGCUGCGUCGAGGGCUGUAAAGGGGUGUGUCCUGACUGUGACAUUACCCAGAAGGUUCAGUAUGAAAAGGGAGAUUUCUGCGGUAUGUUGAAAGACCCCCGUGGGCCUUUCCGUGACUGCCAUGCUAAGGUGGACCCAGCGGAACACUUUGAGGACUGUGUUUAUGAUGUUUGCCUGUAUAAGGGCAGACAGGAUGUGCUGUGUCAGGCGAUUACAACAUACACAACUGAAUGCCAAGCUGAAGGGGCCAAGGUGUACAGCUGGAGAACCAGCCAGUUCUGUGCAUUGAAAUGUCCAGUCAACAGCCACUAUGAAGUUUGUUCUUCUUCCUGUCCUGCCACGUGCCAGAGUCUGGCUCCUCCUCAGGGCUGCCACGAGCUGUGUGAGGAGGGCUGCUCCUGUGACGAGGGGUUCCUCCUCAGUGGAAGUGCCUGUGUUCCCUUCUCAAACUGUGGCUGCAUCCACAACGAGCGCUACUACCGCGACGGCCAAGUGUUUUAUCCCAAUGGUCAGUGUCAGGAGGAGUGUAAAUGCUCAGAUGGAGAGGUGGUGUGUAAAAAGUUCACAUGUGGCCCUAAUGAGAAGUGCAAAGUAGAGAACGGCAUCCAAAAAUGCCAUGCUGUUGGCAAGGCUGUGUGCCAGGCCUCAGGUGACCCCCAUUACCGGAGCUUCGAUGGGCGAAAAUUCGAUUUCCAGGGCACCUGCACCUACACACUCUCUAAGAGCUGUGGGCUGGUAGGCAACCACCUGGCGGCCUUCUCUGUCAGCGUAGAGAACGUGCAGUGGAACCGGAUGAUGAACAAGAAAGUGGUGGCGGUCACUAAGCUGGUUGCUGUGGAGGUCUACGGCUUCACACUCAUCAUGAGGAACAACAUGUUUGGAGUUCUGGUAAACGGGGUCUUUAACAACCUUCCCCUGAGUCUUAAUGAUGGAGCUGUGCAGGCCUAUCAGGAAGGCCAGCAUUAUGUAAUUGCAACAAAUUUUGGACUGCGUGUCACUUAUGAUCUGGUCUACCAUGUGACAGUCACAGUACCUGGUAACUACCGAGAUAAGGUCUGUGGGCUGUGUGGCAACUACAACGGAGACCAAAAGGACGAUUUCCAAAUGCCCACCCACAAACUCGCAAAGAGUGUGAACCUGUUUGGAAAAUCCUGGAAGGUCACCAUCCCUGGUGUGGUGUGCAAGGAUGGCUGCGAAGGCAAUACCUGUCCUAACUGUGACAAAGAUCGUACGGCUGUGUUUUCAAAGUCCGCUUACUGUGGUAGGCUUACGGCACCCAAAGGUCCCUUUGCAGUCUGCCAUAGUAAACUGGACCCACGGCCGUAUUUCGAUAACUGUGUGUUUGAUGUGUGUGCUUCCGAUGGGGACGGAAAGGUGCUGUGCAGCAGCGCAGCAGCCUACGCCUUCAACUGUCACAACGCAGGAGUGGACGUGAAAAGCUGGAGGACGCCAUCGUUCUGUCCCAUGAAAUGCCCAGCCAACAGUCACUAUGAGGUGUGUGCAGACCCCUGCUCUGCCUCCUGCCCAGGCCUCACAGAGCUGGUCCAGUGCUCCGACGGCUGCAUAGAAGGCUGUGAAUGUGAUGCAGGCUUCCUAUUCAAUGGACAGAUCUGUGUCAAAGACAAUGAGUGUGGCUGCUAUGAUAAUGGAAAAACUUACAAGCCUGCUGAGGUUGUGUACGAGGAAGACUGUAGCUCAAAGUGCACCUGCGAUCCCACCAAAGGUCUGGUCUGUGGGAAGCACUCCUGCCCUCAAAGCACCAAAUGCAUGGUCAAGAAAGGAAAACGAGCAUGCUACAACACAGAUCCCUGCAAAGAUGCCAACUGUCGGGUGAAGGAGACAUGCCGUGUUGAGAAGGGUGAAGCUGUGUGCAUCCCCAAAUAUACAGGCACCUGCUGGGCCUGGGGAGACCCCCAUUACCACUCAUUUGACGGUUACAGCUAUAACUUCCAGGGCACCUGCAAGUACGUCAUCUCUAAGACCUGUGGGAAUCUGGACGGCCUGGUGCCGUUUUCCAUCACAGAGAGGAACGAUAACCGAGGAAACACAGCGGUUUCCUACGUCAGGGAGGUGGAUGUGUCUGUGUAUGGGUUCAGCAUCGUCAUGGUCAAGAACCAAAUUGGUCGAGUCACGGUGGAUGGGGAACUGCUGAAUCUUCCAGUCCAACUGGGUGAUGGUCAAGUGUCAGUGUUUCAGCGAGGUCACGACGCAGUGCUGGAAACAGACUUUGGCCUGGUGGUCACCUAUGACUGGAACUGGGAAUUCGUCAUCAAGUUGCCCAGCAGCUACUACAACAGUGUCUGUGGUCUGUGCGGUAACUUCAAUGGCAACAAUCGUGACGAGCUCCAGAAUCCGGCUGGAAAAGCUGUCUCGUCAGUGAUAGAUUGGGGCAAGAGCUGGCGAACGCCUGACCAGAACAAGGACAGUUGCUUGGACACAUGCGAGAAAAACUGUCCUAUCUGUGACGGUGACCAGACUAAGGUCUACGAGUCGGAGGCUUUGUGCGGGGCCCUCUCAGCAAAGACAAACGGUGUGUUCAAGAUCUGUCAUGACAAAUUGGACCCGCAGGUCUUCAUGAAAAGCUGUGUGUACGAUAUGUGUCAGACCAAGGGAGACAAGAAGGUGCUGUGCCAGGCGUUGGCCUCCUACAGUAAGCAGUGUCGUGAGGAAGGGAAAAUCAUCAAGGGCUGGAGGAAAAAGUUUGGCUGCCCCAUGAACUGUCAGCGUCACAGCCACUAUGAGGAUUGCGCCAAGCCAUGCCAGCCAUCCUGUCCUUUCCUUGAAAACAAGCAGACCUGCAACGGUGCCUGUGUUGAGAGCUGUGUGUGUGAUAAAGGUUACGUCCUCAGCGCUGGGGUGUGUGUGCCUGCUAAAACAUGCGGCUGCUCCUAUCAGGGUCGCUAUUACAAGCAAGGCCAGCACUUCUGGGCCGACGAGGCCUGCAGUCGUCUGUGUGAGUGCGAUUCGACCCUGGGCAUGGUGACAUGCAGCGAGGCGUCCUGCUCCGCCAAGGAAAGGUGCACCAUAGAGGACGGAGAGCGAGCAUGCCGACCCAUCAGUCACGCCACAUGCACAGCCUCAGGUGACCCGCACUACCGCUCGUUUGAUGGCCGCAGGUUUAACUUCCAGGGAACAUGCGAAUAUCAGCUGGUGGAGCUGUUCUCUAAGCAGUCCGGGCUUGUGCCGUUCAAGGUGACUGUGCAGAACGACCACCGGGGAAGCAAGGCUGUGUCCUACACAAAGACUGUCAACUUUUCCAUAUAUGGAAUCACUAUCACCAUCAGCAGAGAAUACCCCUAUGCCGUCCUGCUCAAUGGGCAGAAGGCUUUGUUGCCACUGGAUCACAAUGAUGAGCUGAACGUGUUUCUCAGUGGCCGGACAGCUGUUGUGGAGACGGUUGCUGGUAUCACCGUGACCUUUGACUGGCGGAGCACGGUGAGCGUUACUCUGCCCAGCAACUACCAGGGCGCAGUCCGCGGCCUGUGUGGCAACUACAAUGGAAACGCCAAGGAUGACCUGACCAUGCCUAACGGCCAGAUUGCCCGUGAUGGAGACAAGCUGGGGGAGAGCUGGCAGGUGGCCGUCACACCAGGCUGUUCAUCAGCGUGCCAGGGGGCUUUGUGCCAGGACUGUUCUGAUUCCCAGAGGAAAGAGUACCAAGCCAAGAAGCACUGUGGCAUUAUCGCUGACAAAGCAGGGCCUCUCAGAGAUUGCCACAAACACGUGGACCCCAUUCCCUACCUGGAUGACUGUGUGUAUGAUGCCUGUCGGUAUCACGGUCACCGCGGGUCGGUGUGUGACGCAGUAGGCGCGUACGUCUCUGCCUGUCAGAGCAGCGGAAUCGCCAUCCUCUCCUGGAGAACAGAUUCCUUCUGUCCAAUGGUGUGCCCAGCUAACAGCCAUUAUACUGUGUGUGCCACGGGUUGCCCAACCACCUGUGCAAGCUUAACCUCCCAUUCCACCUGUCGCAGGCGUUGUGCAGAAGCCUGCGAGUGUGACGAAGGCUUCCUGCUGAGCGGGGUCACCUGUGUGCCUGUGAGAGACUGUGGCUGCUCCUACAACGGUCACUACUACAAGAAAGGAGACGCCUUCUACCCUGAAAACGAGUGCGUGGAGAAGUGUGUCUGUGGAGAGAACGGUGCGGUCUCUUGCCAGAAGGCCAAGUGUCGGUCCGGGGAGAUCUGUAAGGUUGCAAAUGGUGUGAAAGGCUGCCACCCCGAGGGGCAGGGCAAGUGCGUCGCUUCCGGUGACCCUCAUUACAUUUCCUUUGAUGGACGGAAGUUCGAUUUCCAGGGUACCUGCGUCUAUGUGCUGGCCAAGGUUUGUGAUGAUGACAAAGGCGAGCUGACGCCAUUCACUGUCACUCAGGGGAAUGAGAAGUACGGGAAUGGAAAAGUGGCUGUUACCAGGUCGGUUGCUGUGGAGGUCUAUGGUUUUAACAUUUACAUCCAGCAGCGAAUGCCAUGGAAAGUCACUGUCGACGAAGAACUACUAAACCUCCCUCUCUCCCUGGACAACGGGCGUCUCCAAAUCACCCAGGAAGGUCGCAACAUAAUUGUCCGAACAGACUUUGGACUCACUGUCCUCUACGACACCGUUUAUUACGUUGAGGUGAUCGUGCCGUCUACGUACCAGGGUAAGAUGUGUGGUCUUUGUGGCAACUACAACGAGAAGGACCGUGACGAAUUCAGACUUCCUAAUGGCAAACGAACGAAAAACAUUGACGUCUUUGGAAAGGCGUGGGUGGUGGACCUGCCUGGGUAUGUAUGCGGCGGCUGUGGCGGUCAGUGCCCAGUGUGUGAGAAGGCCAAGGCUACGCUGUAUGGGAAACCUGACUCCUGCGGCAUCAUAAGUGAACCUAAUGGGCCUUUCAAAGCCUGUCACAGCAAAAUCGACCCGGCAGCAUACGUGUCUAAUUGUGUGUUUGACGUGUGCGCUGUGGACGGCGACAAAGAUACUCUGUGUAACAGCGUGCAGGCCUAUGCUUUGGCCUGCCAGAGUGCGGGAGUUCAGAUCCAGUCAUGGAGGAGCGGUUCUUUCUGCCCUGCUUCCUGCCCUGAACACAGUCACUAUGAGGUGUGUGCCAGCACGUGUGGUGGGACCUGUGCCAGCUUUAUUUACCCGUCGUACUGCUCUAAAGAAUGUUUCGAAGGAUGCCAGUGUGACGACGGCUUUGUAUUUGAUGGCAUCCAAUGUGUUCGCUUGGACAACUGUGGCUGUGUGCACGACGGGAGAUAUCUGAAGGUUGGCCAAGCUGUGGUAGACAAAGACUGCAAGUCCAAAUGUGAGUGCCGGGCGUCUGGUGAGAUGAAGUGUGAAAAGCUGUCCUGUGCCGGUCAAGAGGUUUGCAGUGUGAGAGACGGGGUUAGAGGUUGCCACGUCAAACAGGCCCACUGCAGCAUCAACCAUGUUGGACACUUCGACUCCUUCGACGGCAUGUCCGGAGCCUCAGGCGCUCAGGGGGCCGUGGAGGUGGCGUCUCUGUGUGAUGAGAACGCUGACCUGUGGUUCCGUGUGGUCGUGGACGUCAGGGUCUGCAGUAAGAAAGCACCUCUCGCUGUGGCCACUGUGCACGUGUUCUUUAAGGGAACCGUCGUCACGGUGAACAGCCAACAUGUCACCUGGGUAAACGGCAGGAAAGUGUCUCUCCCCAGAAAAGUGACGGAUGAUCUAUCCGUCAAAAUCUCUGAGAGGACUGUGGUUAUCGAGAGGGCGUCUGCCGUACGGGUCACAUACUCAAUCUCGCAGGAGGUCAUCGUCACUGUUGACAGCGCCCUGUCCGGCAAAAUGUGCGGCGCCUGUGGCAACUACAAUCACAACUCCAAAGACGAUAUGACGACUGCAGAUGGGAAAAUUACCAAGGACGUGUCUGUGGUUAUCGCCUCCUGGAGCGCCGGGGACUUUUCCCAGUGUGGCCUGUAGAGAUGUUGGCUCUGUGGUGAUGGGAAGCAUCUGUUAUACGGGGUUGAAGAGGAAUGUGAAGUCGCUCGGCUAAAGUUGGCAUGUUCUCAUCCAGCCUUACUCAUCAUAUUUAUCUUGCUCUCCUCCUGGAAUGUUUUGGGUUGUUUACUGGGGCUUGGGUACUCCAUUGUUCAUCUCCGAGCAGCAGAAAAAUCUGUCGCAUACUUUGACCAACACCUCCAUCUAGUGGAGGAGAUCCUGAUGGUCUUUCCCUCACAACUCCAGCUGAGACCUAGAAACAAUAACAAGUCUUUAUAACUCUUUAACUGUAACUGUUCACUACUUGUGUACAAACUGUUCUUUAUCU